AUGUGCCAACAUUGUGAGGAACGUGUGAAGAUGGUGGACCAUUUAGCAACGCAGUCCGAAAAAACGUUACACUAUACUAGAAGACACAAUAAGGAGAACGUCGCGAAUGAAAAUGUUGAGACCAGAGUCGAUGCGCGAGUGAGAACCGCAAUCAGAAUAAAAGUGGAUCGACCGAGAUACACGAUAAGAAGCGUGGUGAAUUUUGAUAAAGGAAUACAUGCGACUGAUACUUCUCAAGAAGGCGCUCGAAAGCAUCUCCUUCAACAGUCGAUAUGGAUUCCACGAGGACGAAGCGAGAACGAUGAGCACAACAAAUCUAAGCGCGGGGCAAGUACUGUCAAAGUGUCGGAAUGUGAUCAAGCGCCAGAACCAGUGAAGCGAAAAUUAAAAUAA